GUUGCCACAGAGUAAGAUGGAUGGUAGCUUUGAUUGUGAUUGUGGUGAGCUGGAGCCACCUGAUCAUUAACAGAAGGCAUCUUUUGUAAAUCAAGAGCUGCCAGUUUCCUGUUUAACCAGACUGUAAACAAAGGAGAGGAAAAAGGAGGAAGAAGAAAAAAAUAGUGCUUACCAGCACCAUAGAAUGACGCUGCUCAGGACCAGUCCAACACUGAAUGUAUCUGCACUGUGAGGAGGAGGAUGUUAAUAGAAGCCUAUUAUGUGCAUAUUUAUUCACAUUUUUGUUAAAUGUUAACCAGUUUAGCACAGUAGAGCUGAGUGCAUAGUAUGUCAUUUCAUUCCGUUUGAGUUUCUUGUGAGUAUUUUCUUUAAUGUCUGCAGAAAUGCUGCACCUUUCUUGAACUAUGAAUGCUGCAAUCUUUCUAUCUUAUGCUCGGUUUGAGUUCUAGAGCUGACGGGCUCUAAAUUCAAGGGGACACAACAGGCCUGGCUGGCUCAUAAUGAAAUGAGAGUGUCAAGAAACCAUCUUGCAGUCGAAGCCAAGUGUUUCUUCUCCCUUUCCGUAAGACCUUUCCUUCAGAUACCAGUGGAAGUGUCUCCGCGUGUUUACAGAAGCUUAGUAGUUUGAGGAAAAAGAAAACGUAAAGAAUUUUAAAAUGGCAGAAAAAUUUGAAAGUCUCAUGAACAUUCAUGGUUUUGAUCUGGGCUCUCGGUAUAUGGACUUAAAACCACUGGGCUGUGGUGGAAAUGGCUUAGUUUUUUCUGCUGUCGACAAUGACUGUGACAAGAGAGUGGCUGUCAAGAAAAUUGUCCUUACGGAUCCCCAGAGUGUUAAACAUGCUCUACGUGAGAUCAAAAUUAUUAGAAGACUUGACCACGAUAACAUUGUCAAAGUAUUUGAAAUUCUUGGUCCUAGUGGAAGCCAGCUAACAGAUGAUGUGGGCUCCCUGACAGAGCUGAACUGUGUUUACAUUGUCCAGGAAUACAUGGAGACGGAUCUGGCUAAUCUGCUAGAGCAAGGCCCUUUACUGGAAGAUCAUGCCAGACUUUUCAUGUACCAGCUGCUACGUGGGCUCAAGUAUAUCCACUCUGCAAAUGUUCUGCAUAGAGAUCUCAAACCAGCUAACCUUUUCAUUAAUACCGAAGACUUGGUGCUGAAGAUUGGGGACUUCGGUCUUGCACGAAUCAUGGAUCCUCAUUAUUCCCACAAGGGCCAUCUUUCUGAAGGAUUGGUCACUAAAUGGUACAGAUCACCCCGGCUUUUACUUUCUCCUAACAACUACACUAAAGCCAUUGACAUGUGGGCUGCAGGUUGCAUCUUUGCUGAAAUGCUGACUGGGAAAACCCUCUUUGCAGGUGCACAUGAACUUGAACAGAUGCAGUUGAUUCUAGAAUCAAUUCCUGUUGUACAUGAGGAGGACCGUCAGGAGCUUCUCAAUGUAAUUCCAGUUUACAUUAGAAAUGAUAUGACUGAGCCACACAAACCUUUAACUCAGUUGCUUCCAGGCAUCAGUCCUGAAGCACUGGACUUUCUGGAGCAAAUUUUGACAUUUAGUCCCAUGGAUCGAUUGACAGCAGAAGAAGCUUUGUCCCAUCCUUACAUGAGCAUUUAUUCCUUUCCAACGGAUGAGCCUAUUUCGAGUCAUCCUUUUCACAUUGAAGAUGAGGUUGAUGAUAUUCUGCUGAUGGAUGAAAGUCACAGCCAUAUUUAUAAUUGGGAAAGAUACCAUGAAAGUCAGUUUUCAGACCAUGACUGGCCUAUUCAUAAUAACUAUGAAGCUGAUGAAGUUCAGCGUGAUCCAAGGGCUCUUUCUGAUGUUACUGAUGAGGAAGAAGUGCAAGUAGAUCCUCGCAAAUAUUUGGAUGGAGAUCGUGAAAAGUAUCUGGAGGAUCCUGCUUUUGACACCCACUUCUCUACUGAGCCUUGCUGGCAGUAUUCAGAUCACCAUGAAAACAAAUACUGUGAUCUGGAAUGUAGUCACACUUGUAAUUACAAAAUGAGGUCAUCUUCAUACCUAGAUAAUUUAGUUUGGCGAGACAGUGAAGUUAACCAUUACUAUGAGCCCAAGCUUAUUAUAGAUCUGUCAAACUGGAAGGAGCAGAGCAAAGAAAAGUCUGAUAAGAAAGGCAAGUCUAAAUGUGAAAAGAAUGGAUUGGUGAAAGCCCAGAUAGCGCUUGAGGAAGCAUCACAGCAACUUGUUGAAAAAGAAAGGGAGAAGAAUCAAGGAUUUGACUUUGAUUCGUUUAUAGCAGAAACCAUUCAGCUUAGUUUACAACACGAGCCUACUGAUGUUGAUAAAUUAAAUGACUUGAAUAGCUCGGUGUCUCAGAUGGAGUCGAAAGGAUUAAUAUCGAAGUCGGUAAGCAGAGAGAAGCAGGAGAAGGGAAUGGCUAACUUGGCACAGUUAGGAGCUCUGUACCAAACUUCUUGGGACAGUCAGUUUGUAAGUAACGGGGAGGAGUGCUUCCUCAUAGACCAGUUCUGUUGUGAGGUGAGGAAAGAUGAACAAGCUGAAAAAGAAAAUACUUACACCAGUUAUUUGGACAAAUUUUUUAGUAAGAAAGAAGAUGCUGAAAUGCUAGAACCUGAGCCAGUAGAAGAGGGGAAGCUUGGGGAGAAGGAGAGAGGAGAGAGCUUUCUCAGUAACAGUGGAGAACUCCUCUUCAACAAGCAGCUUGAGGCUAUAGGUAUUCCUCAGUUUCAUAGCCCUGUUGGUUCGCCACUGAAAUCCAUACAGGCCACGCUAACGCCUUCUGCUAUGAAAUCCUCUCCCCAGAUUCCCCACAAAACAUACAGCAGCAUUCUGAAACAUCUAAAUUAAAACACUCAGCAGACAUUUCUUUUAUAUUCAUGAGCUGUGUUUGUCUUUUUUUAUUACUAGUGUAAGUAAUUUUUUUACUUGAAUCAGAUGGUGUAAUUUUGGUAUGGAUUUCAUUAGCUUUCUGUUUACCAUUGUUUUUACAAUCCAGAAUUACUUUCUAUACAUAAGUUAGUUUUGUUUUUAAACUGGCAUGUCGUUUGCACACAAAAUUAAAGAAUAGAGCAAAAUAAUGCAAAAUGCAGGAGGUAACAAAAAAUGCACUAAACCAAGUAAAAAAAAACAAAAC